CGCCCCGCCCCGCCGUUGCCCCGCGCGGCCGCCGGGAUGCUGCCCGUUGUCGCCGGGCUCCUGCUCGCCGUGGCCGCGGGCGGCCGAGGGGCGACCGGGGAACGGGAGAGCCCUCCGGGCAGCCGCUUCGUCUGCACUUCGCUGCCGCUGGACGCCGCCGGCUCCGGCUGCCCGCUGCCCCCGCUGCCCGCGCAGGGCGGCUCGCUGCCCCCCGAGGAGGAGCUGAAGGCCACGGUGCUGCAGCUGCGGGAGACGGUCCUGCAGCAGAAGGAGACCAUCGGCAGCCAGCGGGAGGCCAUCCGCGAGCUCACCGGCAAGCUGAGCCGCUGCGAGGUGACCGACGGCAAGGGGCCGUGGAAGAAGGAGAAGGGCAAGGACACGAUGGGCGACCUGCCGCGGGACCCGGCGCAGGUCAUCGACCAGCUGAGCCGCACCAUGCAGACCCUGAAGGACCGCCUGGAGAGCCUGGAGCACCAACUCCGAGCCAACGUGUCAUACGCGGCACUGCCCAAUGAUCUGCGAGAGAUGCUCCAGCGGAGGCUUGGAGACCUGGAACGCCAGCUCCUGAGCAAGGUGGCUGAGCUUGAGGAUGAAAAAUCUUUGCUUCAUAAUGAGACGUCAGCCCAUCGGCAGAAGACAGAGACAGCCUUGAAUGCAUUGCUAGAAAGAGUGUCUGAAUUAGAGAAAGGUAACAGUGCAUUUAAGUCACCUGAUGAGUUCAAGGUGUCCCUUCCUCUUCGUACAAACUACUUGUAUGGGAAGAUCAAGAAGACUCUGCCAGAGCUGUAUGCUUUCACUGUGUGUUUAUGGCUGAGAUCAAGUGCUUCUCCUGGAAUUGGCACUCCAUUCUCAUAUGCUGUUCCUGGUCAAGCUAAUGAAAUUGUCCUCAUAGAAUGGGGGAAUAAUCCAAUUGAAUUGUUAAUUAAUGAUAAGGUUGCCCAGCUCCCUCUCUUCAUUAGUGAUGGAAAAUGGCAUCAUAUCUGUAUAACGUGGACAACAAGAGAUGGAAUGUGGGAGGCUUUUCAGGAUGGAGAGAAGCUUGGCACUGGAGAGAAUCUUGCCCCUUGGCACCCAAUUAAACCUGGCGGUGUCUUGAUCCUGGGUCAGGAGCAGGACACAGUUGGAGGAAGAUUUGAUGCAACUCAAGCCUUCGUUGGGGAGAUGAGCCAGUUCAAUAUAUGGGACAGGGUCUUAAAAGCUGAAGACAUCAUGAAUAUUGCUAACUGCUCUACCAGCAUGCCUGGCAACAUCGUCCCCUGGGUUGAUAACAACGUGGAUGUGUUUGGAGGUGCAACUAAGUGGCCUGUGGAGACAUGUGAAGAGCGUCUGCUAGAUUUGUAGCUGCAAGUGUUUCCCAUCAAGUGCCCCCUUUUAGCAGGACAAUCUCCUGUGCAAUCUAAAGCACUUAUUUUUCUCUCUGCCCUUCCCUAACUCCUCAAAAAUAAUUAAAAAAAGGAAUUGAGUUAAAUGGUCUCAGUGAAAAAAAAAAAUCAAAACAAAACAAAAAAACCUGUUAGUUUUGGGGCACUGAGCCUGACAAUGGAAGAAGCACUUCUUGGUUAGAGCAGCCCUUCCUUCCUUAUGGCCUGAUCCAGAAAUAGGCUUUGGCCUGCAGCUGCCUUUGGGUUAGGCGCUGCUGCAGGGCGUCAGCUCUCCUGGCAGGGAUGGGGAGCGGCCUUGUUCAGGCUAAAUGGAGUCCUUCCUUCCAGUCUAUUGUCUCCCCUUUGAAUUGAAGCCAUUCUUUUGUAGCCCUUUUUAAAGAACUCACCUAAUCCUUAUAUUUCAGUGAUCAUGUGCAACUGUGAGUAGAGCAGAACAGCCACUGUCUGAGUGCAACAGUCUUGCUUCUUAAUUUUCAGAUCAGAAAUCUUUAUUUUAUGAUAAGGAGGCAAUGUCAUCUGACAAAUGCAAUUCUAGUUCAAUGUGAAGACAGGGCUGUGGCCAGCGUAGCUCCGUGGAAGCAGAGAAGCUUUAGGUAGGGCUUUGUCCCAAAUCCUGUCUUUCCCUGGCCAGGAUCCCAGGAGAGAUGGUUGGAUGAGAGAUUGUAUUUGUAUUUUCUGUAGGUUGAAUGUACUGAAUUUGUAGUGACCUGGCCUGUAAACUUUUCUCUAUUGUUUCUCUUCCUUUAUUCCUUGUCUUUUUUUUUUUAAAUAUACAAGCUGUGAAUAAGUGAAUUUCUGUUCUGUUUUGCUUUGAAAGGCCUUUUUAUGAGCAAGUGCCAAAGUUCAGUUUCUGCUUGCUGAGAAUCACUAUAUAUUUUUCCAACAUAAGUCUUCUGCGCUGUUUUCUAUGUUAUUAUAAUGGUCCUAUGUAAAAUGUGCUGGUUUUCAAUUCUUGCUGACUGUCUCUUUUGUAAGCACUGGGCUGACUGCAAUAUCUUUUAAUUUUCUCUAAAUAUUUUGCAAAUAGUGUUGCUAUUUCCUUGGCAUCGAUGUGAGUACUUAGUUUGUGGCUCGCAGAUAGCAAAUGCACUGUACCAGGAAAGAGUUAAUACUUUUGUUAUUUAAAAGAAAAAUAAUUUAAAAGGGUGGGGGAAUUUAUAUAGCUAAAUAUGAUAUUUUAUUUUUCAUAUGUUUGAACUGUAAGAAUAAGAUGGCGACGGUCCCAUUUGUAGGCUAAAGUUACAUAUUUCCAUUAAUAUGUAGUAUGCUGUUCUCAAAAAAAAAAAAGAAACAAAAAUGAACUUUUAAUUAAAAUGCAGUGUAAAAUGAGUCUCUUAA